CAUAAUCAUAACUAGCGUAUGUUUUGUGCGCGAUUUUAUCAGCGUUUCCAUUAUCGUUUAUCUUUAUCUCCUUGCCAUGCCACUAGGUAAGUAAAAAUCACCCACUAAGUGGCUUAUCACAAAAUCUCAUACGAAAAAUCAGAUUUUGACAAAAAAGCAAAGUGAUGAUCAGCAGUACUAGCUAGUUACUCGUACUAGCUAUCCUAGGCUACAUGUAUGUAAGAACUCAAGCACAGUUAAUUGUGGAAACGAGAAUACUAAAUAGUAACGAGCAAACGAUUGUGUAGGCGAUAGUUUAAACGUCGCUGGCAGAAAAGCCCGUAAGGAAAUAUGAUGAUCAGCUCGUUGACAGUGAGCAAGUCGAGCAAUGUGAUGAAAAGUAUAAGAUCUGUUUAUAAAACUUUAGUCUGAGUGAUAAAACGAAUUUAGUCUUUGUUCGGACAUACACAGCGAGUGUGGCAGGCGGCUGAGUACAGCAGACAACGUUAUAAAGUGGCAUUGCAAGGCAGCGUUUAAAUUAAGUAGAAAAAAAGAAUUACUUAAAGAACUGUGUAAAGUAAUAAAUAAUUGUGUAACAAAUAAUAAAGAAAACAAAUGCAGUAAGACUUCAGCAUUUUAUAGCAUAAAAUAUUAAAUGGAAAUCAUUUUGCGCAGCUUAAGUGAAAAAUGUGAAACGAGCGCUGUAAAUAACUGUUAAUAAGCUUGAGAGAAAAAUUUAAAAUUGUGCAACAUUUCUAGUACUAAAUAACUGUAUAUAUAAAGUAUAUACUAUACUACAAAAGCAGAAGAAAUUUGAAAAAGGACUUUUUUUUAGCUGAAAAGUGAAUAAAAUAUAUUAACAAGCCGUGUUUAAAUUAGAGAAAAAGACAAUUUACGAAUUAAAAAUCAAUUAAUCAUAACUACUCGCUGUGCAGCAGCUCAUUUUUUCAAUGCCAACAACGUUGUCCGCGACCAUUUGCUGAACAUUUAUUGGAUUAAAAGCCCACGUAAAUUGAAAGCGCAGCUUACAGCUUAAAAGCACAGGAGCGCACACAAACCCAUUACUAUAAAAGUACACACGCACACACUAACACCGUUGCACGACAUUUUUUUCACAAUAGAAACGAACGAAAAUCUAGUGAAAGAAACGUGUGAGCAAAGCAAAACGCAAUAGCGCAACAGUGUGACGGCAGAAAGUGGCCGCUUAGACGCGAACUUUACUUUUUCGUUGAGUGAUUUUAUUUAUUAUUUAUUUUUUUUUGUUAGUCUGUUUUGUGAAUGGAAUUGAAAUAAAUCGCUGAUUAUCUUCUUAAAUUGAAUUUAAUCAAGACGAACGGACGUUUAAUUUCAAGUGUUUCAUCGCGCGCGCGCCGCAGCACAUACAUCAUACUUGUACUGAAAUACACACACACACAUAUGCACACAUAAGCACACAUAUACAUGGAGCUUUAGAAGCGCAAAUCAUCAUAUUAGCCAUUGUGUGCAGUCGUUGCGCACACACAUACAGCGAACCAAUACAAUUGCGUUGCAGCAGCAACAAUUUUGAUGAUCACUUGUGCACAAAACACUAGUCAGACGGUAGCUUGGGCGGCCUAACGUAUGUUUCUUAGCUAACUUCAUACAAAAACUGCGACUGUGUAUGUGUGUGGCGCUCGCUGAAAUCACAGUGCUGAACUCGGCGUCAUAGACGCAAAAGCGCGUGCUUAUCUCGAUCCGACUACGAAACCAAACUCCGUUUUGUGCAUAUAUUUCAUAGAAACUAUAUAAAACACACACACUCACAAAGUUCUACGGUGGCAACUAAAACACACAUACGUUACUACAUAUAACUCCACUCCAAACGCGCCCACCAUUCAAACAGCUUGUUAUACCACGAGCAUCCAACAACCCACAGCCAGUGCCAGCACUAGCGCCAGGCUGCAGCACUGCGCAUUUGCGUUUGUUAUAUUUAUGGUGUUUACAUUUUGGUGGCGGCACAAACAUUCAGCGCCAUAAUUUACUGCAACGCUAAGUGUAGUCGAAGUGAAGUGAAGAAGCUGCGCGCGCCGCAUAGCCCAGCGCAUCGAAGCGUCAACAAGCAAAGGUGCAGCGUUGGGGCAUCACUAAGGUCUAACCAUUUCACCGAAAUAGUUAAACUUACAAUUGUGUUAUUGCCAACGGCAGCGUGUACGCGUAGCACUCGAAAUGGCAAUAAUUGGUGGUGAGGAGACUGCUACCGAGACCAUUGACAUGUUGCAUGUGGAGAAGGUGAAACCGUCGAAAUUUGGCGAAUUCUGUCGGCGCAAUGGCAUAAAUCCGAAUUUGAUAAUGUUGAAGAUAACGCUGUUCGUCAUGUAUGGCGCAACAUCAUCGCUACUGCCCUACUUGACCAUACACAUGCAAUCGAUCGGUCUGACAGUGGAGGAGAUUGCCAUCAUUUACCUAGCAUUGCCAUUCACCACCUUUCUCAGUCCGCCAAUUACAGGUUUCCUUGUCGAUAAAUUUGGCAAGUACAAACCGGUCGUCAUAAUGAGUUUGCUGCUGAAUGCACUUUUCCAUCACUCGCUCUUGUUUAUACCGCAACAGGAGAUUCCAGGUAUUGUGCCAUCGGCGUUUGUUAUGCGCCAUCCUGAUACCGGCGAUAUAGAGGUCUGGUGGUCACCCUGUCCCAGUCGUGAAUGCCCCGAGGAGCCGGAGCUUGAUUUGGCUGUGAGUCAAUGUGUGGACUAUUGUCUGCUGCAAGAGCAGCAACAACAAGAACAGCAGCAAUCGCUUCCGUCGCCUAAACCGUCGUUAUAUGGUCCAUCGCCCGAUUAUUAUUCGACAACGCAACGUGCGCCCACAACAACAACUACAACUACAAUUACAACUAUGAGUAGAACCACGACAAUGGGUACAAUCGCAACGACAGCAACAAUAGUCGCUUCAGUCGACGUUGAGUCAGCAACACCAACCGCCAUUGCAAUACUGGAUCCAUCAGACAGUACGAUGUCUCCAUCUCCGCCUACGGCACCACCAAUACCGUCGACGACAACAACAGCGCGCAGUACGACCACUACAACAAUGGAGACAGCGGCGGCGGCAGCAGCAGCUGCACGCGCCGAGACAGCAGCAGCAGCGGCAGCCGCAUUCACAACACCCAGCUCAGUGGCCCGUUUCCAAGAUGUACUUAAUAUGUCAUCGACAAUGUUCCCGCCGGUGGUGACGUCUUCUUCGGCCUUGUCAGAGCUGGGGCAGGGAUGGAAUUUGGAAGCUGGCGAACUGGGCAACGACAGCAUCUACAACCCCAAGAGUUGGGUGCAUUCAGAUGGCAUUGACGCUGCUUAUUUUAUGCUGCAAAUGCAUCCUGAUUUGGCUGACCCCAUUGAGCAAUUGGGCAUGGAAAUCGAACCGGACGACAAUGAGACGGUGACCGAUUUCAAGCAGCGCUUCGGCGAGAAACGUCUGUGGAAUAUGCAAAUCAAUGUCACCGAUUUGGAUGAAUUGGAUCUACGUUGCGGCGGUUUGGUGCGUCGCUCCAACAUGUCACAGCUGACAAAUGGCACUGUUAGCUGUAUGGUGCAACGCUGUGUUUUCACAAUGAAUGCACCGGAGAUUUGUCCGCCCGAUUACAAAGAAUCAGAUGAUCGCGUAUUCUGGAUAUACUUUUUAUUGAGAUUCCUCGCCACCACAAUGCUGUCUGCCGGUGUCACCAUAAUGGAUCCCAUAGCGCUGACUAUGAUUGAGAAGUACGGCGGAGAUUUUGGUCGUGAGCGUCUCUUUUCGAGCAUUGGCAUGGCCAUCUUUUCACCAAUUACUGGCAUAAUGAUUGAUUAUUUUUCACGUGGUCUCGGCUACACCGAUUACUCGGCAGCCUUUUAUACCUACGAUUUGUUGUUGGUAAUUUCAACAGUUUCGGUGCUGAUGAUGCCGUUGGGCGAUAAAUUGCCGGCAGAUAAUGUUUUCAGGGAUUUGUGGAAUUUACUGAAGAUGCCACAUGUUAUUACGUUCAUCUUCUUUCUCUUCAUUUUGGGUAAUUUCUGGGGUUUCAUCGAGAGUUUCCUCUUCCUUUACCUGAAGGAGUUGGGUGCACCCAAUUAUUUACUCGGCAUAACUAUCACAGUUGGUACGGUGAGCAGUAUUCCCUUCUUGUAUGGCGCCGAACGUAUCACCCGUAUCUUUGGACACGUUAAUUUGAUUAUCAUUGCUUUCUUCUCGCAUGCUGGCCGCCUAGUCGGCUAUUCGUUCAUUGAAAAUGCCUGGUGGUGUUUUCCCUUCGAAGCGAUGGAGGCUCUGUCUUGCCAUUUGAUGUGGGUGGCAGCGGCAACUUAUUGCUCAAUUUUGGCACCGAAAAGCUUGUUGGCCACAUUAAUUGGUGUGCUGGGUAUGGCACAUUUCAGCUUGGGUCGCGGUAGUGGUUCCUUUACCGGUGGUCUAUUAAUCGGUCAGUUUGGUACAAGAGAUGCCUUCCGUUAUAUGGGUCUAUUGGCUGUAGUAGGCGGUAUCGCUUACGGCUUACUACAUCUGGCUUGGUUACGUAAGUUCGAUCAUAAUAUCGAUGAUUGUGAAGAAGAAGCCGAGACAAUGGAAAACGGUGAAACGGAAAAACUAACGGAACCGGCCACAAAGGAACAAGGCACAUCUAUGUCACUGGAACGACUCAGUUUGAUGAUCAAAUACAAUCAAAUAGGCAGUUUGACUUCACUGCCACGUGGCUCGCGGGCGGAUAUUCACGACCAUUUGUCACAUCGCCGCAGCAGCUAUAAUGUCGAGUCAACACGUGUACCCCGACAUGGCAGUAACAUCGGCAGCGCCUCGAAGGUUGACAUUUUGCGCUCAACACUGGAUAUAAAUCACAAAUCCUCCAAUAAUUCGGUGCUGAGCAAAGCCGAUAACAAAACAUCAAAUCAAUCAUUAGGCCGAAAUCGUGCCGACAGCGCGCCCAAAUUGAAUCACAGCAAUAUGAAGAACAUCUCACAGCCAACGCUGGAGGGUGUUGUGCUCGAGGGCGUUGAAUCAACUUUUUUCCCCAGCCGCAUGAAAAAGUAUCCGAGUGGUUUGUUAACAUCAAUACCAGCGAUGGAUUUGUCCGUUAUACCCAACACAAUGCUGAUGGAUCAAGACACUACCAAAGUGAUACCCGAAGAGACCGAUUUGAAUAAUUCGAAAAUCACUGUCGCCAGUCAAGAUGACGCCAACACACAUCAAGUCAAUGGCAAGGGUUCAAGUAUAGCAGGGGAACGAAAUGUCAAAGACGACGCUACAUGAUUUAUGGAUGCACACAUAGUAAUGUCUACAUAGCUAUAUACGUACAUAUAUGAUAGAAAAUAUAUGUAUUUGAUUUGAGUGAUAUUAACUAAUUGCAAACAAAAAAGAAAAUUAUCAAUAAUUUUAGCAAACAGACAGCGACAAAGCUAACAAUUUCCCAAAUAUUUUACUUGUUAUAUAUUAUGAGUUAAAGAAUAUUAGCUCUUGCUUGACUACACAAAGCAAAGUUGCUUACAGUGUGUCAUGACAUUUUUGGACCAUUAUAUAUGUAUGCAAUUGAAGCAACGUAGUAUUUGUAAUUAA